AUGGGUUUCGGUGUACUUGAGCCUUCCUCCACGGAAGUUGUCCAGGGCAGCAUCCAUCUGUUCGACGAUACUAACGCGUCGGUCGAAAAUACCACACACCUCAAGCACAACAAAGAUGGCACUAUCGUCCUGGCUCCUCAGCCAUCCGACUCGCCCAAUGACAUUUUGAACCUGCCACUAUGGCGCCGCGACCUCAUGUAUUGGAUAAUUAUCCUGGGCACAGUCUUCUCUGGCAUUCACGGGCCCAUUCUCACUCCUAUCACGCUCGAGCUCGCUGCCAAAUGGGGCAAAACAGUCAAUGAUAUCGCACAGCUGUCCUCGUACCUUCUUCUCGUCAUUGGUGCCUGUAUCAUAUUCUAUGGUCCCUUGGCCAUCAAGUACGGCAAACGCAUCAUAUAUAUCUUCGGCACCGUGACACUCAUUGCAGCAGAUAUCUGGGCAGCUCGCGCGACAACGUACAACAGUUUGAUGGGCGCAAGAUGCUUGUCUGGCGUCGGCCAGGGAGCCUAUGAAGCGCUGUCUCUCGCAAUGAUACCAGAUCUGUUCUUCGUACAUGAGCGUGGCAGCCGCGUUACCUUGUUCCUGUUAUGCUUGCAGACAGGUGUGUUCUUGGGUGUACCGAUCGGAACUCAAAUUGUGCUGCAUUCGGGAAUUGAAUGGUGUUUUGGCGGCCUGGCAAUUGCAGAGGGUGUUAUCCUGAUCGGCCUCAUUUUCUUCCUGCGUGAGCCCGGGUUUGGACGAAACCAUGUGGAUCCGCUGGCGCACGUUGCUGAAGAUGUUAUCCUUGACAAGGUCCAUGAGGUGAGCUAUGACCACAAAGAAGUGGCAGCAACAGUUCAGCCGGAGAGAUCAGCACUAGGACCACAGGUUGAAGAACGCCCCAAGACAUAUAUGCAAUGGGUCAAUCCAUGGCAGGGAGUCAUUGGCCAUGAGAACAUCCUCAGGUCGACUAUUCGAACCUUCGCCCUGGCGUUACAUCCGACGAUUUUCUGGGCUUCGAUCGCCGCACUGCCUAUGGCAUGGGCUGUCGGUAUUUCCUUCACACUGGCCGAAGAAUUGGCACCACCACCAUAUAACUUCAGUCCGACCGGGCUUGCAAAUCUGUACAUCGCAGCGUGGAUUGGGAUAACUAUUGCCGUGUGUAUUGGCAUUGUCACUAUUGAUCCAAUCUCCAAGUUGAUGGCAAGACGCAACAAGAAUAUCUUCGAGCCCGAGUUCAGACUGGUCAUGCUCUUCCCCGCGCUCAUCAUUGCGGGUGUUGGCUUCAUCGGCUGGGGUUGGGCCUAUACAACGCAUGUCCACUGGAUAGGCCUGGCCAUCUUGCUGCUUCUUGCCAACUGCGGUGCUGUCCUUGGAAAUGCGGCGAUCAUUGGCUAUGUGGUUGACGCGCACCGGAGCUGGGCAAACGAGUCGCAGGUCAUAUUGUUCGCCUGGAAAAACUUCUAUCCAUUCACCAUGGGAUAUUGGUUCGUUCCCUGGUUUAACAAAGACGGACCUAAGAAGACGUGGGCUGCUGUCGGCGGUAUCAUUGUUGGGUUGUAUUCGCUUGGGGCGGUUUUCUAUGUUUUUGUGCUGGAAUGGAACAGGUACGUUUGUGAAUCUCGCCCUCGCCCCUUCACAACCACAAAUCAUGAAAGGUCAGGUUCUUCCGGUUCUUCAACUAAAAGAGAUCACCAUCACAAGUUCUCACUCCGUGGGCAUCACGCUCUCGUGACCGGCGGAAACCAAGGCAUAGGGCUGGCUUUAGCCGUUGGCCUUGCUCGAGCGGGAGCGGACGUGGCAGUCUUUGACAUAUCGCCACCCUCGCCUGAGUACGAAAGCAUCUCCACCACCUAUGGUAUCCGCACAGUGUACCGGAAGGUUGACGUGUCGUGUGUUGCCACCCUGAAACAAGCUUUUGAAGAUACCAUCACAUCGUUCUGCGGAGAUGGUGGUUUGGACAUCUGCAUUGCAGCCGCGGGCAUCAAUCUAGUCAAGGACUUCCUUUCGACCGAAGAAACAGACUUUGACAAAUUGUUGAACGUCAACGUCAAAGGCGUGUAUUUCACCUGCCAACUAGCCGCGCAGGCCAUGAUAAGUUCCAACCAGGACCGGAGAGAGCCAAACAAAGCCCCCAGCAAUAACAGUGGCAACGAAGCCAAAAGCAAAAGCAUCAUCAUCAUAGCUAGUACAGCCUCAUACGUGGCUGUGCGGACGCACAAUUCCAGUGUAUACGGCUUGACCAAAUCUGCCGUCAGAGGGAUGGUGCCCGAGAUAGCCAAGGAGCUGGGACGGAGUGGGAUCAGAAUCAACUCCAUCAGCCCCGGCUACACUUUGACCAAGAUGACCGAGGGAUAUCCGGACCUGAUAAAGCAGUGGCAGAGCGACACCAUGUUGGGAUUCAUCGGCAUGCCGGAAGAUUACGUCGGUGCGUCUCUCUACCUGGCCAGCAACGCGAGCAGAUAUGUGACUGGCCAAGAUUUUCUGAUCGACGGAGGGUCGACCAAAUGGUGA